AGCUGAGUCAUGACACUCCCAUUCUCCACUGCUUUUGGAGAAAUAAUCCGACUGGGGGAAGUGAAUGAGUAACACUCUUCCUUCCUUCAGCAGAUACUGUCGUGAUGCCCGCGAGCAAUAAGCUACCGACCCCCAACCGCUCAGGAAGUCUGUCGUUGAUGGUCGUGGCUGGGCUGUGCAGCGCCUGGGUGUCAGUGUGAGUAGCUGCAUGGGCGAAAAGCAGGGUGUUGCUGAUGAAACGCCAGUGUGCUCUGUCAGCUCGGACAGGAUAAAUAAAUAAUGGGAGCGCUGCUAGAAAUUCAAGCUCUGCUGACUCAGCCUGGGAUUACUUCAUGUGGACUAUAUCACUACCUAUUGAAAAGUUGAGCCAUGAGCUGCAGUAUCGGUCAGACGUUUACACACACUCAUCACAGGCAUGAAUGUCAUGGUAAUUUUGGGCUUUUAAUGGUUUCUUGGAACUGCUCUUUUUACAGAGUGGAAUGAUUGUACAGCAUACAUCUUUAUUGCACAAGGUUGAAUAUAUUUUGCAUUUUCUCCACACAGUACCAAAAGUAUACAUACAGGUUCAGAUUUAUACAUACACUCACUAAGUGGUGCUGACAGUUCUACAGUGUCUUCUUACUUAACAAGGCCAAGGCCUCUUAAUUCCUACGACAACUGGUAGUUUCUCUUUGCCAGUAUAAAAAGUAUUUGUUUGACAGCUCUCUUUGGAUUGACCAAUACUCAGAAUGAUGGGGAAGUCCAAGGAACUCAGAAGAACUGUAGAUUUACACAUGCUGGGGAGGUCUGUUCUAAACAACUGCGGAUUCCAACAUCAAUUCAGUUAUGUACAAUUGCAGCUGUACAUACGAUUGGGGUGGCUGUAGCUCAGGAGGUACAGAAGGUCAUUUACUGAUUGGCAUUUUGGUGGUUGGAUCUUGCUGCUCCAGUCUGCAUGCCAAAUAUCCUUGGGCAAGACACUAACCUCAAACUGCUCUCAGAUGCAUUCAUCUGAGUAUAAAUGUGUGUAAAUGUUAGAUAGAACGCACUUACAUAGAAAAAAAGCAUAGAAAAACCAUAGCUUGUACAAAUGGGUGAAUAAGGCAAGCUGACCUUUUCAGCUUGGGGUGCUCAGGCAGAGUAGAAAAGCGCUAUAUCAGAAAUUUACAUUUAUGUAAGUAGAAGUGAUUUGGAUGUACCACCACUUUGCCAGAGAUCUGGAAGAAGACUCAGACUGUUACCCUCAGAUAAGAGGAAAUUGGUUAGGAUGUUCAGGAACCGCCAAGGCUUAAGCCUGCCAUGAACUGAAAACUGCAUGAAGAACAGCAUCACUGUCCACAGUGAAACAAGUCUCAUCACAGGGACUGAGAGGUGCUGACCAAGAAAGAAGCCCCUGGUCCAAAAUUGACAUCUUCAAGCUGAUCUGAUGAGACAAAGAUUGAGCUAUUUGGCUGCAAUGACAAGAUGUAUGUUUGGAGGAGUAACAGGGAAGCCUUUAAACCUAAGAACACUGCACUAACUGUCAAGCAUGGCGGUGGUAGCAUCAUGCUCUGGGGCUGUUUUGCUGCCAGUACUACUGGUAUGUUGCACAAAAUGAAUGGAAUAAUAAAGAAGGAGGACUGCCUCUAAAUUCUUUAACUUCACCUCAAAUCAACAGGUAGACAGUUGAAACAAGGGAACAGUUUUGUGUUCCAACAGGACAAUGAUCCCAAACACACAUGAGGACUGGUUUUUGAAUGGAUAAAGGAGGCUAACAAUGAGCUUCUGAAGUGGACUUCCCAAAGCCCUAUUGAAAAUUUGUGGACUACACUUAAAAUUGGUGUUCAUUCCAGGAAACCAAUAAAUUUAAAGAACUACACCAAUUCUGCUAAGAAGAGUGGUUGAAAAUCUAGUUAGAAUUAUCCCACAAGCUUGUUUAUGGCUACCUCUGCUCUGGUUGAGGUGCAACUUGCUAAGGGACAUUAACCCAAAUAUUAGAGUAAUGAUAGAAAAUCCCAAAUAGCCAUGUUAUACAGUAUUUAUAGUCCAUUUUAUAAUCAUUUUAUUUUCUGCAUGGUCAGUAUUUUCAUUGUUACCUCCCUCACACCUUUAUUUAAACAUAAAUCUGGAUUGGUUACAAAAGUUAUUAAUUUGUAAAUGUUGACAAAGUUGAUAAGAUUAAAGGUGAUAAAACAGAAGAAGAUACUGGAUGUAACCCCAUUGUGCAGCCCAAAGAUAAAUAGACAUUGUGACACCACCUGCUGGUUUUGGACUUUGUAUUUUGAAGACUCGAUUUUGUGGAGCCAGAAGUGAUGAAAUCUGGAUGAGAGGCAGGAGUGCUAAGUUACUGGGUAAUGCCUACAAGCUUUUUUAACAAGCAACAUGCACAAACAUAUGUACAUAUCUGCUAAUUAGUCCCAAGUAACAUGCAAGUAUACUCACCAGCUUUGUAGAUGUUAAGCACCCCACAGCAUUCUGUAUUACUUGCCAGAUAACUCCAUUAAAAAUGCUCCAAAAUACACAAAUACCACAGACACUGUGGAGAGGUCCAGUUCACUGAUUCUAAUUAGCUAAGCUUUUCAAGUGUAACUCAAGGAUAAGUUAUACAAACAUUACCUGCUGUGCAGUUAUUAUGAAAAGGGAACACUAACCAUAGAGGCUCAAACCAUUUUUUAUUCCAGUCUGUUAACAGGCUUUUUAAAUGCAGUGUAUCUGGACAUCUUAACAUGGGAAUCUAUGGGAAUUAACUUAUAUUUAGAGCCCUCAAGUGGCCAUCGGUGGAAGUGCUGUUUGUGUGUUCGGCAUAGCUCCUUAACAGACCAUUAGGUUGUUUUCCACUUCAGGGAAAUGGAUCUAAUGGUCGUUUUGUGUGGCCUGCAACUUCAUGUGUGUUCCCACGAUGGUACACUGUCCUGUAGGACUGUGUGUGUGUGUGUGUGUGUGUGUACAGAUCAUCAUAGACUAGUACCUUUAACAUUGAGAGAGAAGAGAAAAUGGAGACAGCUGAGAUAAGCCUGGAGUCUAUUUUUUUAUAAACAGGGAGCACAAAAGAGAAAUGUUUUUAAAUCUCUCUUGUGUGUUAAAGCAGCUGCCGCUACGUUAGCAGGCUAAUUUGAAUAACCUUUGCGUGUCUUCACUGUAGUGGAAACACAGACAAACAAUGAUCUGAAGGGAUGUUUAAGUGCCGCGAAAAGGGUUCCUGAGGGAAAAGGUUCCAGGUACUUUAGAUGGAAAAAUAACUACUGGUUGUCCUAGAAAGUUUAUUCUCGUCUUCUGGAUGUUGAAUUUUGUAGUGCAAUGUUUUCAGAUGAUAGAGAAUGCAUAAAGACUGUAGGUUGUGAGAGGUGGGCACAUUUUAUUUUAUGGUGGCCAAGCCCAUUAUUUGGUUCUGCUCCUGUACAUUUAAGCAGAGAGCCAAAAAUUUUCAAGUCAACUGCUUUGAGAUACAGGGCACUGAAGCAGUGUCCUUCUCACACUGUACUUCCAGUGUAAAUUAUAGGGGAAGGAAAACAAUAAUGCAAAAACACAUUGAAAACUUUGAUUUUUAAUUCCUGUUUUAAGUGGUCUUCUUCAAGCUCUGCUUAGAAACGCUGCAGACAAACAAAGAGGUAUUUGAAGUAUUUGAAGAUGGAUCCUCUUCUAGCAAAAACAAAACAGAAAAUAAGAUUAGUUUCAUUAUAUAGGCUAUACAUAUAUAUUCCUUGUUCUUUAAAAAACAGCCUUUGAUAAUGAUAAUGAGAAAAUUGUAAUUUUCUCUGGGGGUUCUUGUUUCUGUGGCCUGCAUGAAACAACACGGUAAGAACACUUUAGAGUGAGGCAAGAUGCACAUUUUGUAGUCAACCUUCAGAACAUUGUAUGUAAAUGCAGCAAACACCUACCAUCACAUUGUUAAAGUGUCAAAUGUAAGUGUAAAUAAGUCUUUAUCAGUUCUCCUACACACCUUUCUUUGACCACAUGACGUUUUCCAUCGAGGGCUGGGAAAUGUGGUUAUGAAAAGAUUGUAGGAGGUACAUUUUUGACAAGUCAAGUACACCCUGGAUUUUUUGUAAAUGAGCAAAAGUUGGCCCAAAAAAGAGGUUCUGUAGGGUCUUGACCUCACUAUAUAUAAAAUGACCUAAGAUGAAAAGUGUACAGAACUGAAUCAGUUUAAGCUUGUGCUCCACACGCUUUUAAACCAACAGUACACAACUUGGACUUUACUUCCAUCUUGUGUUCAACAGAGAAAACUGCAGCAUGAAGGAGGAGAGUAAAAACAUCCGAACAAAUGCAGCUUUUCACAGCACUGGUGACUUACUGUAUACCACACUAGUUAAACACAAGCAUGCCUGAGAGAAAGAAAAUCCAAAAUAAAUUCAAGGUUGUGUCCCCAGUUCUUGUUUUUUUUUCUUUUUUUUUUUUUUAAAAGUCAUUAAAAAUGAGUGAUAUACAAUCAGUCCACCCAUCAUGUAUGUAAACUUGUGACCACAACUUUAUAUUGUUCUAAACUUUUAAGAACUGCCUAUAAAAUAAGCAAACAACAAAACAAUACAUUUGCAGUGGUAGAUCUUAUACAGUCGAUGUCAUUUAUCUACUUAUUUUUUCGCACGGUCAGUGCAUUCUUUGUUCAUAUGUAAAUGUCAACAAAGUUGAUAAGAUUAAAGUUGAUAAAACAGAAGAAGAUACUGGAUGUAGACCCAUUGCAACCCCUCUAUGACAUCACCUUCUGGUUUUGGACUUUGUAUUUUGAAGCCUCAGUUUUGUGGAGCCAGAAGUGACGGAAUUUAGACGACAGGGUGGCGGCUGAUAUCAGCUACUGCUUUUUUGUUUGUUUAGUUGCAACUAGUUGUAACUAAUAAGUGUCUCGCCAUGUGACACUAGUUACAAGUAAACUAUAUCAUUCAAAACACUUAUGCCAUUUAGUUCAUUUUCAGCAAAACUAGACCAACCUGAGUUUCAACAAAGACAUAAAUAAAGAGUCACACAUCAACACUCAUGAAGAGUCGUGUGAUGAAGAGUCCUUCAUCACACAAAGUGGUAAAAACAUCAACUUGCUUACGUAUUUUUACUGCACGUGUGAUGCUGCAGUGUGGCCAUAGCAUCCGUAAAGACAGUGCACGGGGUAAAGUGUAGGAAAUGCCCGCCUCUGGGACGUCAAUCAAUCCCAAACGUUGGAUUAAUUUUUUCUGAACGUCUUGAAUAAAUGCUAUCGAAAGAGGUGAUCCAUCCAUCAGAGUCAUAAUAGGUCAAGAAACUUUAUUUGCUAAAUGCCAAAUGCUAAUUGUUAAACUACGUUACAUUUACUCUAACAGAUAAAAAUACUUGGAGUUUGUUUUUCAUACUGUUGCUUAUAAAGCUUAAAACGAUCCUCUGAAUUUUCAUUUAGAUCCGUGAAGGUUCAAGAUUUCCAUUUUGGUUCAUUGACUUUAAUGCAAACCAUUACACUUGUUUCCAGGUUUAUAUCUUUUAAAAGAAAGAAAACAGAAAAAAACACCCCCCAAAAAUCUUUUACUGGGUUUUAGUGCAGACUUUAGUUCAUCCCCUGUUUGGAACAAGCUAUUUUAGCAUCUCCUUUCAGUCAGUUUUCUUUUUGUAUACCUGUGUUCACACCCAGACCUGUGUGUUUGUGGUGACUGUAUUAGGGAUAUCUGUUCUUAGUGAAGUCACUGAAUAGAAAAGAUGUAGGGAACAGAGCUCUUAGAGCAGUAUGAAGCAUGAACCUUUGCUGCAUGCACGCAUACACACAUACACACUGUGUGUGUGAGUGUGUGUGUUCAUCUGGAUCACCUUCCUUCUCUUUACCACACUUAGAAAUAACAUCCAGAUGUCUUGACUGUAGAUCUGGUGAGGUUUAGGUGAACUGAGGAAACAGAAAGGGAACACAGAAGGGAACUAACAAACCUAAAGUAAACUUAAACUAAACUAAAAACAAAAGGCACAAAUAAAAGGACAAGAAGCAAUAGAAAUCAUCUUAGGAUAACUCAUACACACAAGAAAAUACGAAUGAACACUGUUAACAGAAAACUGUAAAUAAUACAGUAAUAAUCCAACAUGAAUUGCUUUUCAACACCAGAAAGAAUCACAAUGUGCAGAAAAAUUCAAACCCAAGGGUCAAAGACGCACACACACAUAGUACACUGUGCAGUCAAGAAGCCCCACUUUCUGUUUCCACCCAGGGAGGAAAAAAACGUAUAAAAAAAUACCAUCCUGCAGACAGCUGCUGGCAUGUGUGGCUCAGUAGGCAGACAGUAGGUAAGUAUUGCUUCUGAGGGUGUGUACAUGUGUGUGUAAAUAGGUCAUUACAAAGACCUGCAGCUUUGAUACUAAAAGAACGUGAACGAGACAGAGACAGUAAAAAUGUAACAUGUUUGCUAUGCAUUUUCAAGCAGAGAGCACAAAAGAGAUAUUUUUAUAAAGACCUGGGUGAAAACAUCUGUCUGAAUAAUAGACACAGACAAACACUGAUGUGCAGAAAACUUGAAGAAACACGGAAGUAUUUGUUCAGGAGGGUGGACGAUCAGAUCUGCACAGCAAAAAACUAGAAGCUACUUGGAACAAGGACAGAGAACAAAGACCUGAAGAUCCUUAUCAGCUGAUUGUGCACUUCCACAUAAAACUUGCUGACAGUUAACAAUGACUACUCAAGCACAAAUUAAAAAACUGCUGAAAGAUUACCUGGACGAGCUAAAUGAAUCUGAUCUAAGAACCUUUCAGUGGUACUUGCCCUUGAAUGAGACAAAGGGACGCCAAACUAUCAAGACAUCUCAUCUGGAAAAUGCUACCAGAGAGAAAACUGUGGACAAGUUGGUCCAGGUUUAUGGGGUAGAUGAUGCUGUGAAGGUGGCAAUUGACAAUUUCAGUAGCAUUAAGCGCAACGACCUGGCAAAAAAGUUAACUGAAGCAACUUCCAGAAAGGACAAGCCGAGUGAUGAAGAGGCAAGUGGUGAAUAUUCAACUGAUGAGGAAUCACAAGAUGAAGAGUGGAAUGAUGAAGAGGAAGAGGAUGAACAGUGGAAUGAUGAAGAGGAAGAGGAUGAAGAGUGGAAUGAAAAGGAGGACGAGGAUGAAGAGUGGAAUGAUGAAGAGACGAGAGAUGAAGAAUGGAAUGAUGAAGAGGACGAGAAUGAAGAAUGGAAAGAAGAAGAGGACGAGGAUGAAGAGUGGAAUGAUGAAGAGGACGAGGAUGAAGAGUGGAAUGAUGAAGAGGACAAGGAUGAAGAAUGGAAUGAAGAGGAGGACGAGGAUGAAGAGUGGAGUGAUGAAGAGCCAGUCGUCAAAAAGAGAAGAAGACUCCAUUGAUUGAAACCUGAAUGAUGAAGCUUCUGUGUUUUCACUGAGACACUGAUGCUGUAGCGUGGCCACAGCUUCUGGACUCUUUAUAAAAGUGCUGGAGGUGGGAAAAAAUCUAGGAAAUGUCUAUUAGCGAGUCAUCUACAACCCUGAACCUCCAAUUAUUUUUGAAACCGUCUUUUCCUAGUGGAUCAACUGGCCACUAGGAAAAACUGUUUUCUUAUUUCUGUCUGUUUGUAAUUUUUUUGUAAUAUGCAGAUGUUACUUGGUUUAACAUGCUCGAGUCACUCGUAAGAACUGCCACUGCCACAGUUGUAACAAAUUCAGAUUUCUUGGUUUUAAAAUGUUACACACAUAUUGAUCGCAGAAGUAGAGGACAAGAAAUCCCACUUCCUGUUUUCAUACAGGAAGGAUAGAAGCCGCUGAUGUAAGACUAUUCUGCUUAUGUACAAAGAUCACAGUUUAUUAAUCAAAUACCAUCAAGAUCAUGGUUGCAAAUAUUAGUGUUAUGAAUAGUUUGUUUUACAGAUUUUAAUUUUUGUUUUUUAGCCUGCCCUGUUUGGCAGCUUUAGCUUUUAAGCUAAACAUAUUUUCUUUUCCAAGACAAGCUCUAUAAACUCUCCACAGACUCUUCUUUUUCAUGUUUUUCUUUUUUAAAUUUUUUUUAUUUAUUUAUUCAUUUCACACUACUAUACUACUACUAUAAGCACAUGUGUAAUAUAGUGAUGCCCUCAGCUGUCAUUAACAGAGAUUGAAAGAAAAAAAGAUAAAGGGAGAAAAAACAGGAGAAAAGGUAAGAACAAGACGAAA